GAUAAUAUUGUUAAAAUCCACAUGAUGAUGUAAAAGGCCGAAGGAAACCUCAGAAGACCUCGAAAUCUAGCCGUAGCCAGCUUUAAUUUUCUGUGAAAUACGCGUAGGCAAUGAUGGAUACACAGAGUUCAAUGUUUCUGGGCAUUUUACUGUUCAAUGUAGCGUUUGUAAUGGCCGAUUUUGAAUUUUCAUUUGGGGAAGAGAUCUACGCACAUGUAAUCAAGUCAACUUCAAAGCCGAACACCCCUCUCUUUCACAUUAAAGCCCCACACUGUAAAUAUGGGCAACUACAAUACAAAAUACUUGAAAAAGGCCAUCCCUUCAAAGUAUCUCCACAUAACGGGAGCAUUUACUUGCCCCAUGCACUCAACCCAAACAGUCCAACAACAUUUAUUUUCAAUGUGCAAGCUGAAGAUGCAAAUGCAUUGUGUUCAGCAACUGCCCAACUGCAAGUUUUUGUUGUCCAUGUUAAUGAACACAAGCCAAUUAUGUCAGCUGCAAAGUAUUAUUGUUAUGUUAAUGAAAAUGAAAGAAGUGUCGAGGUCAGGCCUAGAAUUAGAGCAAUUGAUAGGGAUGAAGGCCAAGCAGGGAAGAUAAGAGAUUUAAGAAUCCGUGAAAAGGGUAUCCCAUUUAAAGUUGUACUAGAAGACAACGGAUAUGCUAAGUUAGUUGCCACUGAAGACUUGGAUGCAGAAAGUGUCUCAGAAUAUCGCUUUAGUAUUUAUGCAGUAGAUAAUGGAACACGAGCAAGGAAAUCUGAAAGAUCAAGAGUGUACUGUGAAGUUGUUGAUGUAAAUGAAUUUGCACCCAUAUUUAAGCACCCAUUUUAUGACAUUGAAGUUGAAAAGGGGACAAUUUAUAAAAAUCUAAUCCAGCUGGAGGCUGUUGACCAAGAUAUCAGCAGCAAAAAUGGAAAAGUUUGUAAUUAUGUAAUUGUAGAACGUGAUGUACCGUUUAGCAUUGGCAGCAAUGGUGUUUUGUCGUUGCAAGAGGAACUGGCAUCAAGUUUCCCAAGCAAUUUUCUCUUUCACGUACGGGCCACAGACUGCGCAAGUAAAAUCUCUGAUGACGAUGCUGUUGUGAGAGUGAAAGUAAAGAAUCAAACAAGAACUGUAACACAGAGCUUGUCAGGUCACAAGGGAGACUGCAAAAUUGGCGUGGCGAUGAAAGAAAUUGCAACACUGCAGUACCCUUCAUGUACAAACGAACUUCCCCUUGUUUCUAACGUCCACAUAACUGAAUGUGGCGAUCUAAAAGAACAUAAGAUCUCUGUGAGUGCUGUUCUCGACACGUCAUCUGUGCAGAAAGGCUGUGAAAGGUCACACGACCCAGUCACGAGUAUUUACUCACAAUGCGGCUUCAAUGAAGUCAUCGAGCUGCUGCCUAACACAGGUCCGAGUUGGAUGGAAGACACUGCCACUGAAGAAACUAUUCAAGGUCAAACCAAUCAUGUGUUUGAUGGCACUUCGGCAACCCGUUUGCCAAAAGGCUUGCUGGGGGAAAACUGGCAUGAUAGUUUCACAAUAGCAGCUUGGAUUCUGGUAAAAACUUCAGCAAAACCCCAGUUUGUUUUGUCUUUAUCUGACGGAAUGCAGCUUGGCUAUAACUACAUUGGACUGUACGUCGUUAACAAGCAUAAUGACGAUCGCUCUCGUGUUGGUUUUGUGUUGAGCAAAAGCAAUGGAAAAUGCCGCCUUCACGAAGAGUGGGUCGUCGAUGUCAGCAAUUUGAAAUGGAGGCAUGUUGCUGUUGUUGUUGAUCAUUGCAAUCUUCAGCUUCAAGUUGAUGGUAGGCCUGUCGAGCCAGUUGGAGAGGCUGAAACCCUGCAAGUCCAGCAAGCGCAUAUCCAACCCAAGUACGUUAUUGGAGGACGAUGGGUGGGGACGAAAGAGAAGUACACCGACUUUUUUAGAGGAAAAAUUAGUCACAUGGUUUUUACCAAGAAGCUUGUCAAGAAUUUCAACUGCAUUUUGAAGUGCAAAGAGAAUAUCGACCUGCGAUUGCAGUUGCCAAGUGGGUUUCAACUUGAGCGAGUGUCAGACAAAAUGUCGCUGAGCAUCUCGGGAAGGGGUACUCUCACGUCUCUACGCAAGAUUCUUAAGAGUGUUGUUUAUGUUAACAAGGUGCCCUACCCCAAUCCCGCAACGCGUCACAUUCACAUUGAAGCAACUGUUGAUGACGUCAUGCUGCCACGUGUCACCGUGGACGUCGAAGUUCCAAAGCAUGUUGGGCCUUCCAUCAAAUUAGCAGGCAAAUGUGACAACAGUGUCAAAACAUAUGGAUCGAUUGAAUCAGGAUUGCGUGUUUGUCCAGAUAUUGAUAUCAAUAUGGAUGGCUGUCUAAGAUUUCUAGACGAAGGCCUCGUGGUAAUCAACUCGGAUAUCAUUGGCACUGGAAAUCUUUCCGUCCCACAACCAGUUCUAAAGAGAUUUGGCCUUACGGCAUCCUUCUCUGUCAACGUCCUCAGAAUUUCAGGUGUUGCCCGCUACACAGAUUAUGUUGAAGUUCUGAGGAAUGUGUUCUUUGUCCCAUCUUUGGUAUCGACACAAAAGUCAAUGGAAGUAAAGAUGGAAGUCUCAGCAGAGAAUGGCCGCUUUUCUUCCAAUGAAUUGGUUGUCGGCAUAGAAAUCAAGCAGGAGAACAGCCAAAGUGCAACUGACAGCCCCUUUGUAUUCUACUUGCAUUCGAAGGCUGACGAGUCUGCUGGCAGUCUGGUGAUGGACAAGAUCAAAAGCUCCAGCAAUGGCGGAGGCAUCGUCGUCAUCACUGUCAUCCUUAGUUUGACGGUUGUUGUGGCCGUAGCUGGAUUUGUCAUUGUCAAAGUUCAUAGAAAAAAUCGCGAUGAAGACAUUGUCGAGAGUGACUUUCGAACAGCAGAGUUGCUUUGGGACAAUGAGGGCCUGCCCGCCACAAUGAACAUCACAUUGAAUCCAUUGUUGCGGCUGCGCAACGAAUGUAGUCUCUCCGAAGGAGAUUUCUCGGAAGACUCGCGUAAUUGUUAUGAAGAAAGUUCUGAGGGAAGUCUUUACUGGAGCGAAUCAGAGGAAGAGAAUGGAAGCGAAUGUGGAGCAGAAAAUACCUUGGAGUGGGACUCAUCUUAUCAGGAGGAUUUCGGGGAGGUCUGCGAUGAUUACCGGGGGGAAGGCGCUACUGAAACUCAGUCCAAGGCUGUUGCUAGUUGCGACGGAGUGACGUCAUUAUGAAAUUCGCACAUAAUUGUUUUAUGAAUUUACUGUUCUCUUAUUGUUUUUGCAAAUCAGAUUUGUUUACUUUUUACGGUAAGUAUUUACGACCACAUUUUAUCUGUAUUUAUUUCGACAUGUUAGUCUUGCUUUGAUAUUUGUAAAAUGUUGUAAACGUAGCAUUGUCAAUCAAUUGUUAGUCUUAAUCAGGUUCCAUGGCAGAAUCGAAGAAUUAAUCGGUAUCACUGAGACAGAAAGUCACGUUAUCGCAAAAUUUAGGCCACGAAUUUUCUGUGAGCUCAUACCUUCAUCGCCUUUAUUGCUAUUAAUAAUUAAGAGUUUUGCGAACUCCUCUCCUUAUAUCGUAAACUGUGAUGAAGCACUGAAUCGAAUAACAACAUCCUCAUUUUUGCUAGUUCCAUCCAGAAAACUUACUACCAAACCAUUAGAAUGUUAGCUUUAAAAUUGAUAAUUUUUGAUACGGCUAGUAUUGUCUGCCUCUUAUAUCCAUUCGCGAAACAUCAGCUCGCUUAAUUCAACGUACGUUUUCCUAUCUUUAUAACGUAAAGCCCCGUUAUCAGGAGCCAAGUAAGUGGUAAUGUUAUGAAGGGUAUGCAUAUCUUGAAGUAUGAAACUCGCGUGGAAUCUUUCUGUAUUGUAAGAUAGUUUUGUAAUAUAGUGUCGUGUAUUGUCUUCGGACCUUUCAGACUAAGAAUGAGAUGGACUGAAUUGUUCGAAUCUUCGUUAUUGAUUUAGAAGAUGUAAAACCACUAAUCUAUAAUAUAUUGUAUAGCCUUAUCAUAUACUAAACAGGCAAACCGUAUACAUAAAGUUUUAGAAAUCUUAAUAAGAAUUUCGCCAGCUUUUUCGUGUGAAUGCUAAAUACAUUUAACAAAUUUUCAAAUCACUUACGCUAAGAGAGACGUUAUUUAUUUUAUUUAUUUUCCGUUUUCCUUACAUAAAUGUUUGUUUAUUUAUAUGUUUGCAUUAACUAAGUUACAAACGUGUAUAGCUGCAUAGCUAUUCUUUGUGUGAAUUAAAUCUAUGCGCCUA